AUGAUUCGCAGGCCGACCUGGGAAAUCCUAGUGGUGACUGGUGACGCUUUAUUUCGAGACAAACAUCUCAACUUUACUACAACGUUUCCCCCCGGCUCUAGACUGCCUACCACCCGAGCGCGCUCUAUAUUUUUUACCGCGAUAUACCCCUCGUUUAUUCGAAAACCAUUUGUCUGUUAUCUUGAACUAGGCCGUGUGACAUCCGCCUCGCUGUCAAUGCGGUAUUGGAAAUUGGGUCUGAUGAUACAAUGCCAGAAUGGUCAAAAAGGCCCUCCCAAAAAAGCCAAAGAAAGAAAGAAAGAAAGAAAGAAUAAAAGAAUAAAAGAAUACUGGAGAUCUGGGACGGAAUUUAAUCUUUUACCCCACACAAAAUAUGGGGAAAUUUGCAGGCGGAUUAAUUGCAUUCUUGACGAUAUAUACGUGUACACUUGCAUUUCCUGA